AUGUGGAUCGAAGGACCGGCAGUUUCCUCAUCCGGUUCCGUCCUCUCUCAAGCUGCUAUUGAAGCUGUUAACACCAUCGCCAACGCCGGUACUCCAUGCAUAUCAGUGUUCUGCAAGUCUCGAUACAACUUCGCAACACGGGGUCUUGGACACACAGAUGCAGCAGUCAUCUCACUAUACUACUCCGUUAUCCGCCAACUUGCUCAAAUCGUGCCACCUGAAUUUGAAGGAAGCCCUGGACUGCAAAAACACUGUUUCGAGCGUCUGGAUGGGUCGCUUGAAAGCUUGGGGACUGCCCUCGCGAUAAUCAAGGCUCUUCUCAAGCAUGCACCGCCGUCCAUUGCCUGGGUUAUUGAUGGGCUACAGUUUGCUGGGGGGAGUCAGGAUGGUUAUGCACAUAUUCAGGACUUCAUCCAAGUCUUGCGAGAUCAAGAGCAGGAACGAACAUCGAGGGUAUGCUUCACAACUGAUGGGCGAAGCCAAGUGCUGGACCGUGGCAUAACGGUGCGGGAGAGGGUGGAUGCAUCCAGGCUGGUUCAAGCUAGAGGAGGAAGAGCAUUCCCGGGUGCAGUUUACAUAUGA